AUGUCAUAUGACUCAAAUCAAGAACUUGUUCUAGCAAUUUCAGAAAAACAGUUUAGAAGAAUUAUUGUUUCGUCUAUUGGAGGUAACAAAACUCAAUUUGUUUUUAGAUUAGAAAAGGAUGGGGUAAAUCAUCAAGUUAUUAUUGAUCAUAAAACACCAUUUACUAAUUUAUUGUUAAUUCCUUGGAAUGAACAAAGUAAUAUUGUUAUUCAAAAUACAGUUUAUUCUAUUAUUCAUUCAACAUUAAAAUAUUCAUCUAAAAAAUUAGACAUUUCAAUAACAUCUCCAGCAACAUUUUCUACUAAUCACCAAUUAUUUUUUGCAUGUUCUACAAAUAAUAAAAUAAUUUCAUUUACUAAUAAAUUUAUUCAAAAUAUAAUUUAUUCAAUCAAUUGUGGAAUUCAACUUACAAGUGGAGGAUCAACACUAGCAACAAAAUAUAAUGAUGGUUCUAUUAACGUAUUUAAAAUAGAAACUAAUAAUCUUACAUAUAUUGGUUCUCCAAAAGUUACUAAAGAUAAAAGUGAAACAUAUUUAACUGAUCCUAUUCAUAUGACUAUUUUUGAUACAUUAUUUGUUGCUAUUACUGACUUAAAUUCAAUUUCUAUAUUUUCUUUAAAUGAUCAAUAUCAACAUGAAUUUAUUAAAAAUGACAUUCCAUUUUACAAUACUAAAUCUUUAACACAUUAUAAGUCUUCAUCAUUUAAUUUUAUAAAUUCAAUGGGAAAUCUUGUUAUUAUUGGUAUUCCAACAUUAAAUAAUAAUAAAGGUGGUUGUGUUAUGAUUUUUGAUAAUUUACUUACUACUAAAACUCCUCGUUUUGAACAAGUAUUAACGAUGAAUGCAACAGCUAAUACAUUUAAUGGAAAUUCAUUUUAUCUUACAAGAAAAAAUUAUUAUAUGGGUGCAUUAGUUCCUAUUAAUUCUAAAUUAUCUCCAUAUAAUUAUAUUUAUGAUGGUUGUGAUUCUUAUGGUUAUUGUCCAAAUGGAUGGUCUUAUUUCAAUCAUAAAUGUUAUGAAAAUCAAGGAAAAUUAUCUUUUGCAAAUAAUGUAUUAAGAAUUAUUGUUACUACUGUUGUUUCAUUAACUAGUUUUGUUGCUGCUUUUCUUUUCAUUGAUUAUAUUGCUACACCUGCUCCUCAUCUUCCUCCUUCAUUCCCCCUUUCUAUCGAUAUCCCUGAUAAUUAUUCUAACCCAAUACAAAUAAAUUUAAUUAAUACUUCACUCUCUCAACAACAAGUAGUUAUUACAGUUAUUCCUAAUGGAACUGUUACUCCUUCUAACUUUUCAUUAACACCUGAACAAUCACUCUCUAUUGAUGUUUCAACACAUGAAAGUGAGCCUUCUAUAUUAAUUGAAACAGUAAAAGCAGGUACUUCUCUUCAUAGAAGUCAUACAUUUAUAUUACCUUCACCUCCUCAACAAACAAUAUGGGACGUAGAAACUCCAUUGAAUAUGGUCACAGGAACUGACAAAGAAAAAUUAUCAGUGUUAUUACAAUGUGCUAUUAAAUUAAAAGAAUAUGACGAAAAAAAUGAAAGGCAUUAUCAUGGAAAUAUUUGUCCAAAGGCUUUUUGUAUCGUUGAUGGAGUCAAACUACUUGUAAGAGAACGAACUGAAGGAGAAGAAUGUUACAUGUCUCCAGAACAAGUACUAUCUCAAGAAUUAACAGAGAAAACAGAUGUUUAUAGUUAUGCUAUUGUACUAAAUGAAAUUAUUAAUAAAGAAAAACCAUAUAGAACAAUUACUAACAAAUUUGAUCUUUUUGAACGUAUCAAAGAUGGAGAAAAACCAAAAAUCCGUGAAAAUCUCAAAGAUGAGUUAAAAAUUAUUAUUAAUAAUUGUUUAAAAAGUACUGAAGAACGUUGGAGUUUAGAUGAAUUGAUUAUGGCCCUUCAAACUACAUACGAUGAAAUGCAAAACAAUGACACAUUCUUUAAAGAAAUUAAUAACAGUGAAGUGGUCUCGUUAUUAAAUGAAGAAAUGAUUUAA